AUGGUCCUCAAGCUCUACGGAAAACCAACCUCGACGUGCACGAACCGCGUCCAAACCGUGCUCGAGGAGCUCUCCGUCCCCUACGAGUUCGUCGCCAUCGACCUCACCAAGGGCGAGCACAAGGCGCCCGACUUCACCGCCGUCCAGCCGUUCGGCCAGGUGCCGUACAUCGACGACGACGGCUUCGUGCUCUUCGAGUCCCGCGCCAUCUGCCGCUACCUCGCGCUCAAGUACGGCGGCGUCGAGAAGGGCCUGAUCCCCGCCGCGGCGAGCAUCGAGCUCACCAACUUUGAUGUGUUCAAGGCGUGGGUGCAUUUAUCUGCUUUGCGUAUCCGCGCGCGGAUGUUCGCUCUCCGACCCACGGACCCCGAGGCGGUCGCGAAGCUCACCGCGAUGCUCGACAGCAAGCUCGUGGCCUACGACGUCCUCCUCGGCAGGACCAAGUACCUCGCUGGCGAUGAGAUCAUGCUCCCGGACCUCUUCCACCUCCCGUACGGCGCGAUGCUCAAGAAGCGGGGCAUCGACUUGCUCGAGAGCGGCAAAUAUCCGAAUGUUACGCGCUGGUGGGCGGACGUCAGCUCGCGCCCGUCGUGGAAGAAGGUCAAGGGCCUCUAA